AUCAUAGACUAGUCAAAGGCUAGAGCAAUGCAAGCAGCUAUACUGUUCCUCAUUGUGAUCGCAUGUGCCCAGGCGAUAUUCGUUGCAGCUCCUUUUGAUAUACCGACGACCUAUAAGGAAUGCUUGGAGAUGUGCAGGGAUGACACGUUUUCCUACUAUUAUCCUUGCAGUUACUGCAAGUAUUUCACAGAAAAACCAAAACGUAGAUCAAUUCACUCUUGGACUUCUCGUCCGUAUUGAAACGCCUUGAAUUAAGAA